AAUCUCUGGUAUGGGAAGCUAUUUAGGGGGACAGAUGCCCUUUAAGAACUGCUCUGCUUCACUUCUAUUUAAAUGUGAAUAUUUAGGGUAUUUCAGCUGCAUUUAAUAAAAGAAAUUGGGGAAAGUAUGCUGAAAACAUGGGGAUAUUCUUUCCGCUUGUUGUCUAGCCAGAUGCCCAGCAGUCUUUGCCUUUCAUUGCCUGUGUCCCGAUAAUAUCCUUUAAUGGGGGUACAGACAGCAGGAGGGCCACAGACUUUCGUUUCCCCACAGCUAUUGCCUUGUGUAUUAGGCAACCAGUGGCCUUGCUCUCCUCUGCCUCCAUCACACGCUGCGUGCAUCUACCCUUGCCCUGUGCGUGUGCAGUUCCUUGUAUCCUCCCUUACGCUUCGGCUUCUCCAUGUGAGCUCUCUUUCACAGCACUGCCGACCAUAAGGCCGUCUAUGUGCACAUACAUCAAGCAAACUCGCUUUAGUUUUCCAAGCUGCUCUGGCAUUGCUUUGCCGGCUCGUUAUUGGCCGCUUCAGGUCACGUGUUGCGGCGGACAGCUGGCUGCGGUUGAUCGCGGUCGGUGUAGGCGCCCACUCCCGCCUCAUAGCCCGGGCUCUCUCCCCGCUCGGCCUGCGCUUAGCUUCCUCUGAAGCAGCAUGGGAGACAAGAAAAGCCCGACCAGGCCGAAGAGGCAGCCGAAGCCAUCGUCAGACGAAGGAUAUUGGGACUGUAGCGUGUGUACUUUUAAGAACAGCGCCGAGGCCUUCAAGUGCCUGAUGUGUGAUGUGCGCAAGGGAACCUCUACCCGAAAACCUCGACCUGUUUCCCAGUUGGUUGCACAACAAGUAACCCAGCAGUUUGUGCCUCCCAUGCAAACAAAGAAAGAGAAAAAAGAUAAAAUUGAGAAGGAAAAGAGUGAAAAGGAAACAAUGAUCAAAAAGAAUAGCCAUAAGAAGACAAGGCCACGAUUAAAAAAUGUGGAUAGAAGCAGUGCUCAGCAUUUGGAGGUUACAGUUGGUGAUCUGACAGUCAUUAUUACAGACUUUAAGGAGAAAACAAAGUCACCUCCCACAUCCAGUGCUACAUGUGUGGAUCAGCACAGUCAAAGUGGCUCUGGCUCCGAAAACACAGAAAGAGGGAUAUCCAGGUCAUCUUCACCUAGAGGAGAAGCUUCAUCCAUAAAUGGAGAAUCCCAUUAAAGUUCUUUCCUCCACCCAUUUUUCUGUUCACUCAACCAUCUUCUGCCAGUAGUUAAAAUGUUUUCAUGAAAAGAAUGACCUAAUGCAAAACUGGUAUUUUUUUAAUAGUUAAGUAUGCACUUAUUUUCUUAUUUGUGCAUUUAUAAGUGCACCAUUAAAUUUCACAAACAGUCGGGAGUCUGGUCCAAAGCCUGUAAACAUAUUAGACUGUCAUGUCUUUAGUUUUCACAUAUCGUGUGAAAAGCAAAUAGAAAAUAUAACUUUUUCUAAUAAUAUUAGAUUAUGAAAAGCCUAUUUAAAAUAGUUUGUUUUUUCUAGUUAAGAAGGUUAAUGAACAAGAAAAAAAAAUCUGAGCCACAAAUGUAAGCAAGUAGCAAAUGUUGUUAUACAUAGUAUCAAAAGUAUAAAAUAUGGCCUUUAGUUGGAUAGCCUUAAAUUAGGAAAUUUUAAGAAAUACUGUGUCAAAUAACACCCCAUUUCAUAAUUGCUUUUUAUAUAUAUUACACAAGCUUAACUAGUGGUGUUUUUUUUGCUUUUUGUCCUAAUAGAGGGUCAGAUUAGUUUAAGGUAUUUUAAGGCUACUAUCAAACAGGGUGUAUUUCAGCUGGCUGAAAACACCUGUUAUUGCCUCUCAGCAAUAACAAGUGAAUGAGAGCAACAGGGUGUUUAUCCAGCCCUGUCUGACAUUAGCCUAAGGUUCAUUGCAUACAAUGCAGUCUCCGCUCUUCAGUUGGCGGAGAAGUACCCAAAUGCUGCCAUGCCACUGUUAUAUGGAGCCCAUCUGUGACUGUGGGUGAAAGGUGGAUUUCAGCCCAAAAACUAUAUUCGUUAUCAUAUUUGGGAAGUUGUACACCAGCACAAAACAAAAGCUAUGCCUUGUGUGCUAUGAGCCAAGGUUGGAGAAUAGAUGCACCCAAAAUACCCCUUUCCACCAGUCAUUACUGCUCAAUAAGAAGCACUGUGUGUGAAGGACAUGGAAAUGACCAGCUGACCUCCAGUCAAUACUUCUCGUUGAGCAGAGGUCAAGCUGUCACUAUAUCCCGUGUAUCACAAACUGUGUUUCUCAUUCAGUAGCAGUAAUAGCUGUGGCAGGUAGACAAUGUUUUGAGUGGUCUGACAACCAGGGGCCUUUAGGUUUAGUGGUUUGCUCCUUCUGCCUCAACCAGACAUUUUAUUUUUUUCAAUUUUAAAUUAUCCAUAGAUCUCCCCAGAUAAAGCGUAAUUUCAUCUUUUUGUGAGAAUAUGUGAGAAUAUAUACCAUAAAGCAGGACAUCUGCUGUUUUCUGGCAAAAAGGAAGCAGAGAGAGAGUUGAUUGCUAGAAAAUACACUAUCCAAAGAAGCACAAAAGUCACCAUAACUGUAGAAAUCUUUGCCUAACACUAUACACUAUACUACUGUAUAGUAUCAUACAGUAUUAUACAUUUUGGCA